GCGAAGCCCUAACAAUGGCGCAAGGGUCGCAGAAGAACACGGUGUACGUGGGAGGGUUGGCGGAGGAGGUGAACGAGUCGAUAUUGCACGCGGCGUUCAUACCCUUCGGUGACAUCAAGGACGUGAAGACGCCGCUCGACCAGGCCACCCAGAAGCACCGUUCAUUCGGUUUCAUCACCUUCCUCGAGAGGGAAGACGCCGCCGCCGCCAUGGACAACAUGGACGGCGCAGAGCUCUACGGCCGCGUCCUCACCGUCAAUUACGCCCUCCCUGAGAAGAUCAAGGGUGGCGAGAUUGGCUGGGCUGCUCAGCCAAUUUGGGCGGAUGCUGAUACUUGGUUUGAGCGGCAGCAGCAAGAGGAGGAAAUGCGUCGAAUUGAAACGGAGAAUCGCGCUGCAAUGCAGGCUGCAGAAGACUUGCACAGGAAACAAUUAACCGAAGAGCGAGAAGGAGAAAAGGAAGAGGAAAUUGAGAUCAAAGAUGAUCCUAUGGGAAAGGCUGAAGCAGAGGUUCUUCAACAGAAUAACCAAUGAAAUGAUUUAUUAUCAGUAACCAAAGGGGGACCCCUAGGUGAGGGAAACGUUGCAUUUUAUUAUUUGUUUACCUCAUCUGUGAUGUGAGAUGACUUUGAUGUAUGGUGUGAUAAAUACCUAUAGAUUCUGAAAUAGGGUAGCUAGUGUACUUGCUAGUGAAAUGAAAUAGCGCAGGAUUUCAUUAUUGGUUUGCCUCACUUGUACUGUGAAAAUUCUCGCAUUUGACUACACUAAAAAUUCUUAGAUCAGUAUUCACCUUU